CUGCUUUUCGCGGCCAGGGAAACAGCGCAUGGAAUGGGAAUGUAUCCGGGCGUGGCAGUCUACGACUACGACUACGGCAUAGGCAUGGGCGUGGCUCCCAACUACUAUGGCAUGGGCAUGGGUAUGAUGCCAGGCAUGGGGAUGGGCAUGGGCAUGAUGCCAGGCAUGGGCGUGAUGCCCGGUAUGGGCAUGGGCGUGAUGCCCGGCAUGGGUAUGGGCAUGAUGCCCGGCAUGGGCAUGGGCGGGGGGAUGGUGCCGCCAAUAAUCGGCUGAAGUGGUCAACGCCGAGCCCAGUCUCCCGUCUUCUGCCGGAGACAUCGGGCACCUGCUGCGUCCGCAAGACAUCGCUGCAAGGGAAGCAUCUGCGCCUCCGAAAUCGACCAUGGAAAUAAACGA